AUGAGUCCCAUUCCUAGCAUCGAGCGCAAAUGGAGAGAGGGUGAGGUCGUACCCAAGCCCAGCAACCCGGAGGAACUCAUCCUGGAAGCAUGGGCGCAAGGUUAUCUCGUGGGUUCGCUCAUCAUCAUGGCGUUCAUCACGUUGGCAAACAUGAGGCGCGGCGUCCUGUUGCACAAGCUCAUCCUUGGUAUCUGGCAAGGAUUCUGGUUAUUUUUUCCCAGCCCAGUCCACGCCUGGUGGCUCUCCGUCGCCGCCAUCUUCCUGAACGCCUCCUGGUCUCUGCACAAUGUCAUUGCAUGGAUGAAGAUCAAGCCGUUCCUCUCAAAACCUGUCAGCUAUAUCUUCAUCGGUACCGUAGUGCUUGUUCAACCGUACUGGGUCGUGGAGAUAUACGCCAACUUCGCCUACUUUCAUGGCGUCAACAAGAUAUUCCUGAAAACACGACCAUAUGAGGCGCUAUGCCGCGAUCCCUGGUGGAUCCUCACCACCAUCUACCUUUUCUGGGUCAUCAAGACGCAAUACGAACUGAGCCUCAAGGAGAUCGUACGCAUCUCGCCGCGUUUUGGUAUCAUGUUGUUGUCCAUGUUACUCAGCAUCGUCUUCAUCGUCCUGGACAUUUCUACAGUCACCGAGGCUAUCAAACUCCCAGGAGCCACGGGUAUCAACCCCUUCUGGAAGUUCGCAUUCGUAUUCAAGUGCCUGACGGAUUCCGUCGUUCUCGACGAUUUCAAGGUGGCGCUCGACCGCCUGCGAGCUUUCCGGAUCAGUCGACUAGGCAGCUUCUCGGGUGACCCGAGCGACAGCCGGAGUCGUAACGACAACAACCUCGUCGCCACAUGGGAAGAGAUGGAGAGGGAAGCAAACGCGCUCCAGAAUGUGCGCAGCCCAGACGGCGACUACAUCCAUCCCAGCAACUUCCCACUGAAGCCAAAACGUGCGCGAAGACCUCAAAAAGACUCUGUCAUGUUCCCCAACCAGCCGGAUUACCGAGACUCAAACGCUGGGCUGGAUCCAGAAGAUAUCGUGCCCAGCAUGUUGGGCGAUGGCCCUACAGGAGCAGAUGCACAACCCGUGCAGAAGAAACAACAUCAGUUCAUCGACGACAUGGUCAACAGUAACAGCAGAGACAUGGCUGCGGAGAAGGACUAUGCCGAGGCGAUGAGAGACAUGCAGCGAGAUAGUGUCUCAACACCCCGACGAACGAGCGAGUCUCCCCGUUGA